AUGGGCGACAAGCAGAGCCGUUUGACCGGCGAGCCUGAAAAGGACGCCUCUUCGCUCUCGGGCGGGGGAGAUGAGCUGCCGAGUGAAGGUGAGAUACUGGCGAAGCUUUUACAAAGCCUGAGCCAAUGUCCGGGUCAGUCCUUACCCUUGGCAGAGAUUCUUUCUAGGCUGCCUGCACCUCUCCGCUCCAAGACAGAUGCAGAAGGUGUGGUCACCUGGCUGCAGCGUUACGGCAUCUUUGAGGUGUCGGGACCCAAAGGGGAGGAGCGAGUGAUGCUUACCGUGGGAAUGCUCCCACAGGCAGAGAAGCCAAGCGCAGAAGAAAAGAGGCCGCCAGAGAAAGAGAAAGUCUCUGUGAAUACGAGCACAGUUCCGACACAUCCGGCUCCGGCACCACCGGGUCCUGUCCUGAACGGACCGGGGCCGAUCGUAGGCGAAGACCCUAAUGGACUCAAGAUUGAAAAGACAGAGAACAGGUUGACUUCCAAGGAAGCAAAUGCUAUUGUCGGAGACGACGACAACUUGAACCCUUCCUCUGUCCAGCUUCGUGGCCUCCCCUUCCGUGCAACCAUCGCUGACGUGAUGAACUUCUUGGGAGAUCACGCAAGAUUUCUCAGCCCGGUGAGGGACAAUAUCCGCCUUCUCUCAAACCGCGAUGGACGGCCUUCGGGCUUUGCACGAGUGUUUUUUGUUUCGCCUCAGGCGGCCCACAAGUGCCGAGAUGCACUGCACAAGAAGCAGAUGGAGAACCGCUACAUCGAGGUCCUGGCCUGCGCCGACCGCCGUGGCAGGAGGAAGGCCGACGAUCUCCUCAAGGAGCCAACCCUGGCCGCGGCAGUGAUGGACGCUUGCAGCGACCAGGAGGAGAAGGAAAGAGUUCUCGAAGAGUGUCGGCUUCACAUGAGCGGCCCGGAUCGACAGCAGAUCUUGCUGAGCAUGUUAGGCAUUGCACUUUCGGACCAGUCCCGGGCCUACCUCCGCAGAGCCAACCUCGGCCUCAAGCACUUCCUCGCGCGCUUCCCCAACGAAUUCCUGAUUGAUGGGCCCAAGGGCUGUGAGAAGGUGCAUUGGCUGAAUACAGACUUCCCUGAGGAGGCUGCCGAAGUGGCUUCGAUUCCGAUGCUGGGGUCUGAGAAUUUGAACUGGGGCUUGGGCCCCACCUUGCCCAACCUGCCCAAUCCGGAGCCUCAGACACCAGACCGGCGGAUGACCUCACCAACAGGGAAGGCUCCAUCUGCUCACAGCCACUUCUGCAUGGCGACCCCGAGCGAUUGGGGAACCCCUGCGCAGCAUCGUGGCAACAAUCCGCUAGACCUGGAGAACUUCCCGAAUGUUGGCUGGCCACCAUAUGCCGGUGCCCCCGGGCACGACCCAAUGAUGCCGAUGCUGGACUUCAGCCAGUUUCCACCAGGCGGUGGCUGGCCGGACUACUCAUGGCCCUCCUUCUCCCCCUGGAAUCCCAACAUGUCAUGGGGAGCUGAGGCUGCGCAGAAAGGUGCCAAGAAGAGCAAGGCUCCGGAUGGCGCAUCCUUGAGAAGCCAUGCACAUCUGCAUCCCCAGGCACACCCCUUUGCCGGCCGCAAUGGAACGGUGGAGGAGCUCAGCGAGGGCAAGGAGAACAGGGACGACAAAAGUGGCAUCGCAGCACUUCGUCUCAGAGGCCUGCCCUUCAGCGUCACCGUCCAGGAUGUCUUGGCCUUCUUUGCGCAACACGACGUCGCAGAUUUGAUUCAUGACGAGCCUGGAUCGGCCCUUCUUCUGCCGAAAGCAAACGGACGGCCUUCGGGACAGGCCGUUGUCCAGAUGCGUAGCCGAAAGGAUGCAGAGACAGCCCAGAAGGCACUCAACCACAAGUGGGUGGGGAACCGCUACAUCGAAGUAUUCGUCUAUGGUGAAGAGUCGGAGGAUACCCUGGGGGACGUCAAGGAGACGGACGACUUGAGUGCACAGCCUGAAGCCUCUUUGUUCUUGAGUCUUCUGGUGCGGAAUCCAGAAUUCGCAGAGUGGCGAGAGCGCCUGCAAUCAUCUGACUUUCCGCAGGAUCUGUUCAGAAAAGCUCCGGAACACAUCCGAGAUGACCGAGAGAUUGCCAUGACUGUGCUGAAGAGACACGGCUACUCUCUUAAGUUUGCUUCACCAGACUUGCAGGACUGCGAGGAAGUGGUUCUUUGCGCC